UGACUAUCCUCAAUCAUCAGGGUUAGGUUUCUUCACCUGGGUCGACCUGCUAUAAAGCAUGGCUACAAGAUACACUGCUAGGGCAAGCGCUUCGACUUCUCGCCGUGGUCAAUUUUCCUCUGGAACAAACCGUAAUUCUAAAUCACGACCUACACAUUUCAUAUCCCUGCCCAUCGGACACCACGUGCAAUUGCAGGAAUCAGUAAAGUCGUUCACGGAUGGCUUGCUUAAUUGUAAGCCUGCGCUCCCUGGCGUUGAUCGCGGUAUUGUUAUCGCACCUCGUCGCCUUCAUCUGACGUUAGGAGUUAUGACUCUUGAAAAUUUACCGGGACGAACUCUAGAAGAUGCACAAGCACUGUUGUCCACAUUGAGAACUCGCGUCAUGGAAUUAUUGAACGGACAUAGUCUCUCCAUCCCUCUUACAGAGAUGAACAUCAUGAACCCCGAUCGCGGUAAUGCAGACCAUGCGCAUGUACUCUGGAUGGGCCCUUCAUUGGACACAGAAGACGCGCAACGCCUCAAAUCUGUCAGCGAAUUUGUGAACAAGGCAUUUAGUGACGCCGGAUUUAUUCAGGAUCGUCGUCCUCUCAAGCUGCAUUGCACAAUUCUCAACACUUCAUAUCGCAAACCACAUCGACAGCCGUUCUCCUAUAAUGCAAUUCUGAUGUCGCCGUUUAUUCGCGAGUUUGUUCGUACACCGCUAGAAUCACAUAAUUUUCGGGACCCCGUAAAAGUGGAGUUUGGUACUUGGAGUGUUGAUGAGAUACAGAUAUGCAAGAUGGGAAGUUACGGACCCGAAGGCGAAUACGUGAGUUGCGGGUGCUGUUCGUUGGCGUCAUAGGUUCGAUGUAUGACAUAUGGUGUCCAAAUUGUUUUAUACUUACAGCCGAGGCUUGGCUGGACUGCGUCACUACGGCAUGACAGAUACUUUGAGUACCCGUGGCUGUAAUGCUGUGGCUUGCGACGAGGAAGGGCUUACUAGAAAGGAAGUUAGGUCUCACGCACAGGCCUACACCUGUGGCACAGCCCAUUGUGUGGCCAUUGAAAGAGCGAUUAAAAGACCGACUUGUAUCAUCGUG